AGUGAAGCAAAACCAUGGAUAACAGAGAAACGAGGAACCACAAGUGGGAUGGAGAAGGCAGAGAGAGGGAACACUUUUAUCUUCCUAACUGCAAUGCCUCACCAUUUGUUCCCCGAGUCCUGUAUCACCAUGGGAACAGCAGUGCAGCAGUGAAGGGGAGAGAGAGAGUGAGAGAGAGAGAGGAGGAGAGAGAGCGAGAGAGAGAAAAGGACACAAGAACGUGUGGGACCUGGAGGAGAAGAGAAGGAGGAGAAAGAGAAGGAUGCUGUCAAACAUGAGCAUUGGCACCAUGCUGUUGAUCUGCUUUAUCCUGGCAGAGCUGGGGGGAACUUGGGCUCAGGAGCGAACAGGUCUGCGGCCCGCUCCCCCUGCAGGGAGGGCCAGGACCUCGGUUUCCCCCCGCAGGACUCGCAGUAUCCCGGGUCUCCUAGCUGAGCCAGGAUGGGCAAGAACAGAGAUGCUUGGGGCCGGCUUGGACAUCGACACUCUGCCGAACAAUAUGACUCACAUUGUGGAGGACUCUCAUCGGUAUUACACAUGGCGAAGUUUUGGGCCGGCUGACAAGCACACAGAAGAUCUCUGGGUGGAUCUGAAUGACCCGCGGCUCAGCCAAGUCCGAAUGCACGGGAUCCUGUCCAACACGCACCGUCAGGCUGCGCGGGUGGCCCUCUCCUUUGAUUUCCCCUUCUACGGCCAUUACCUGAGGCAGAUCACCAUAGCAACCGGAGGGUUCAUCUUCACGGGCGACGUGGUGCACCGCGUCCUCACCGCCACUCAGUACAUCGCUCCGCUCAUGGCCAACUUUGACCCAAGCUUCUCCAGGGAGUCUACAGUGCAAUACAUGGACAACGGAAAGGUGUUUGUGGUACAGUGGGAUAGGGUGCGUCUCCAAGGCCGGGAGCAUGAUGGGGCCUUCACAUUCCAGACUGUCCUUCAUCAUUCCGGGGCCAUCGUCUUCAACUACAGAGACGUUCCAUUACCGGUGGAGGUGAUCAGUUCCACUCUGCACCCUGUGAAAGUUGGCCUGUCAGAUGCAUUCAUGGCUCUUCUUCCCUCUCAACAGACCCCAGGUGCCCAUCGCAGGACAAUAUACGAGUAUCACCGAGUGGAGGUUGACACCACGAAGAUAGCCAAUCACACGGCCUUUGAGUUCACCCCACUGCCCACUUGCCUCCAACACGAGACCUGUGAGCUCUGCCUCACUUCAAACUUGACGUCCGGUUGCAGCUGGUGCAACGUACUGCAGAGGUGCUCAGAUGGAAUAGACCGACACAGACAGGAGUGGCUGGAUCAUGCCUGUUCGAACGAGAAGGCUGAAGACCUCACCUGCCAGGACUACAGCAUGGACGGGGAGGAUGAUUUACCAGAAGGCCUUAGCCCCUCGGGCCCCGGGGCCACGCCCACUCACGGGGCCUUUCCUGAGGGCCCUGUGACAGAAGAUGAUACGAAACACCUCAUUCGUUACAGUGGCAACGGUCAGAAACCGGGACCUCCGGAACAGCAGGGGGCGCCGGUGCACACGGGCGUAAUCGCCGGGGUGGUGUCAGCCGUGGUACUGCUGCUGGCCUUUGCGGUGCUGGUACUCUACAUCAACUCGCACCCGGCUGCCAGCCCACCUCUCUACCUCUUACCGCGACGCGGCAAAUACUGGCCCUCCAUGAAGUUCCGGAACCAGAACGGCCGCUCUGCCUACGCCGAGGUGGACGUCGGUGGCCACGAGAAGGAGGGCUUCAUUGAGGCAGAGCAGUAUUGAGGCAGGAGUACAGAAUUGGGUGCAUGCGUGGAAGACACUGGAGGUGGACUUUUUCUGAGAGUGCGUACAAACGAACAAGGCAGAGGACCAAUGGAGAGGCAAUGCACCGAAGACCAAAUGACGAGAGGAUGUCAGUCCCCAAAACACAAACUCUUAAACUCCUUUGGUUUAUCUGGUCACGUCCAUUCUUAAAUCCUCCCUGAGGAUUGAAAAAGUAAAUAUUAAAAUAAGGAUUUAAAAAUUGCUGGAGACCCCUAUUUGGGAUUGCGGGGGCAUGCUCUAACACAUUUGGCAGUCACAUUUGCUCACUGCUCACUCCUAAAAGAUCAAGACAAAAUACACAGAUGGGUGAGUCUAACCCAUCACUAAUGCAAAUAAUGUACAGCGAAUGUUAGCAGUACAUUUUUUUUUUUUUUUAAGGAAAAUCUGUUUUAUAUUGUCAUGCUGUUUAUCGAUUGCAUAUAAAAAUCACAUCGAGUUUGAUAUUUUGUAAAAUAUAUACAAUUUUUGUCACUGA